CAGAAGACGCGAGCCAGAGGCGUUCGCAGUCGCGGCAGAUUGAACCACGACGGGUGGUAGUCGCGCACGGCGACCCACGCGCAGGGGACCCGUACACUCAAGGGCUCCCACGGGAACCAACGCUCCGGGACUCGUACACUACAGGACUCACCCCGACCCUCACCCCCCGGGGAACCAACGCUUCGGUUUACCGGGACACGCUCGUUACGUCGGCCCCGUAUCGGGAUUCGAGCGCACGCCGAGAGGAGGAGUGGACUCCGUCGGCCCAUGGGGUUCAUCUGCCCGGGUCGCCGCGAGUUGGACGCAGCGUCCGCGAUGGGAGUGCGCGUGGUCGCCGCGGGGAGCGCCGCCGCUUCCACCGAGAGUCGCCCCUUCGCUGGCGAGCCCGGCACCGACUCACGAGCCGCGCGCCUCUGGAGGGAGCCGCGCGCGUGGGCCCCGCACCCGGGCCCCGUGUCCCCUCCGCUGCCUCGACCCCCUCGCUCCUCCUCCUCCUCGUCGGCGGUGGCGGUGACGGUAGUGGACGCGGCACCCGUGGCCACGCGGCUUCGCUCGUUCACUUCUGCGCAGGAACUUCUCGCCGUGCAGCGCACGGUGGCGGCCCUGGCCGAGAGCGGCUUCUACUGGGGCUCCGUGGCCGGGCCCGAGGCUCGGCGUCUGCUCGCCUCGCAGCCCGUGGGCACUUUCCUGGUGCGCGACAGCACCGACCCGCGCCACCUCUUCAGCCUCACGCUGCGCACGCGGCUCGGCGCCACGAGCGUGCGGGUGCAGCUGCACGCGGGGCGGUUCCGCCUCGAGUGCAGCCAGCGCAGGGACGCGUUGCCCGGCUUCGACUGCGUGCUCAGGCUCCUGGAGCACUACGUGCGUCCUGCGGGACCCCCCGGCGUCGACUUCAACAACGGCGACAACAACAACAACGCCGACAACGCCGCCGCGCAGAGCGGGGCUGGUGGCCGUGGUGGGGGUGCAUCCCACCGGCACGCACAGAGAGGGGGGCCCCUCGCGGUCACGGAGAGGGGGUCCGUAGCAGAGAAGCGGCGAGCGCAGCAGCAGCAGCGGGAGCAGCAGCAGCAGCAGCAGCGGAGGAGGAGGAGGCGGCGGCGGCGGCGAGAGCGGCUGCCGGUGUGGCGGGCAAGGGACGCACGCCGCUUUUGCUCACGCGGCCUCUGCGCCACACGCGCGUGCCGCAGCUGCAGCACCUCGCGCGCAAGGCGGUGCACCGCGCGCUCGCGGGACGCAAGCCCGAGCAGCUACAGCUGCCCUCUCUGCUGCAGGGAUACCUCGAGACGUACCCCUACCAGCUGUGACGGGGAGAGGGAGAGAGGGGGCGGGGGCGAUGACCGCCUGCAAACGAUUUGGGAGGAGGUGCGUGUUGGGGUGGUGGGGGGUAAAGCCGGGACACGUGACUCUGCCGGUUGUCUGCUGGGACUCUGUCGGAGGGGGGGGGGGGCUCCGUGCCAAAGCCAUGGCGGAUGUCUAAGGCCCCCCCCACACCCCACGACUCCACCACCACGCGCACGGAGUGACUGUGAAAGGUGGACGUUGGGUGCCUGCCAGGGCUGAGUUCGCAGUGCACCACGUGGUUUUGUAGAUUAUUUUAUUAUUAUUAUUAUGAUGCAAUAGAGACUGGGGG